UAGUUAAUCUUGCCCGCUUCACAGCGGUAGUACAGAGAACGCACCGGGGAGUGAAACACCAAUUUGCCGGCAGAAGAACACCAAAAGGUUCACUUUUAUGGUCGGAAAAAACAAACUUGAUGUUGAUAUUAUCCUGGCAACUAAUGACAAGGUGAAACCCUAAACGAUUGAGAUAUAGCCUUAAAACCGUUCGGUAAUAGGAGCAGUGGAGUAUCCGAGGCUCUGAAAUAUUUUCUGGGACUUGAGUCUUUGAAAAAAAAAUAUAUAUAUUAUCACCUGAGAACAAUUAGUGCUUUAACGAAAGGAAGGACACGUCGUUCAACUUGUGCCGGUUGACAACGGGGGCAAUUUGGGAGGAUCUCGGGUUAAUCCGACACCCCAGCGGCCCGUGUCCAAAUCAGCGACAGAAGCCGGGGUGUCGGCUUGAGAGAGUGGUCGGGUGGAACGUCUCCAACGCUGAGGUAAUAGCGUCAGACGAACAGGAGCUGCGUUGAGAUUUGACCAUUGGGAGCCGGGGACAGAGACCUCAUGAAUGGAAAUCGGAACUUCAGGAGAUGUUGGGGCCCAGGCCCUGUUCUCAGUGCCGCGGCGGCCUGGCUUUGGCACCAUGGGGAAGCCCAUCAAGCUGCUGGCCAACUGCUUCCAGGUGGAUAUCCCCAAGAUGGACGUCUACCUCUAUGAAGUAGACAUCAAUCCCGAGAAGUGCCCGCGUCGCGUCAACAGGGAGGUGGUGGACUCCAUGGUGAAACACUUCAAGGUGACCAUCUUUGGGGACCGAAGGCCAGUCUACGAUGGGAAGAGGAGUCUCUACACAGCCAACCCCCUACCAGUCACCACAGCAGGGGUGGAUCUGGACGUCACCCUGCCAGGGGAGGGGGGUAAGGAUCGCCCCUUCAAAGUGUCCAUCAGGUUUGUGUCACUAGUCAGCUGGCACAUGCUGCAUGAGGUCCUGACAGGGCGCACCAUGCCUGAGCCCUUGGAGCUGGACAAGCCCAUCAGCACCAACCCUGUACACGCUGUGGACGUGGUGCUGCGACACCUGCCCUCCAUGAAGUACACCCCAGUGGGGCGCUCCUUCUUCUCCGCCCCAGAGGAUUACGAUCAUCCCCUGGGCGGGGGUAGGGAGGUGUGGUUCGGCUUCCACCAGUCGGUGCGGCCUGCCAUGUGGAAGAUGAUGCUCAACAUUGACGUAUCGGCCACGGCUUUCUACAAGGCCCAGCCGGUGAUCCAGUUCAUGUGCGAGGUCCUGGACAUCCACAACAUAGACGAGCAGCCCCGGCCCCUCACCGACUCCCACAGGGUCAAGUUCACCAAAGAGAUCAAAGGUCUGAAGGUGGAAGUGACCCACUGCGGGACGAUGCGGAGGAAGUACAGAGUGUGUAACGUGACCCGCCGCCCUGCCAGCCACCAGACGUUCCCCCUGCAGCUGGAGAAUGGUCAGACAGUGGAGCGCACGGUGGCCCAGUACUUCAGGGAGAAGUACAGCCUGCAGCUGAAGUACCCCCACCUCCCCUGCCUCCAGGUGGGGCAGGAGCAGAAACACACCUAUCUGCCCCUGGAGGUGUGCAACAUAGUAGCUGGCCAGCGUUGUAUUAAAAAACUCACUGAUAACCAGACGUCCACCAUGAUCAAAGCCACGGCCCGCUCUGCCCCAGACAGACAGGAGGAGAUCAGCAGGCUGGUGCGGAGUGCGAACUAUGAGGUGGACCCGUUCGUCCAGGAGUUCCAGUUCCGCGUGCGCGACGAGAUGGCGCAGGUGACGGGCCGUGUGCUGCCAGCCCCCGGGCUGCAGUAUGGUGGCAGGGCGAGCUCGGAACACUUCAUGCCCCAGCAGGUGAACCCUGUGGUGUCUUUGCAGAACCGCACGGUGGCCACACCCAGCCACGGCGUGUGGGACAUGAGGGGCAAACAGUUCCACACUGGGGUGGAGAUCAAGAUGUGGGCAAUCGCCUGCUUCGCCACGCAGAGGCAGUGUCGCGAGGAGAUCCUCAAGGGUUUCACAGACCAGCUGCGUAAGAUCUCUAAGGAUGCUGGGAUGCCCAUCCAGGGCCAGCCAUGUUUCUGUAAAUACGCCCAGGGAUCAGACAGUGUGGAGCCCAUGUUCAGGCACCUGAAGAACACCUACGCUGGCCUGCAGCUCAUCAUCGUCAUCCUACCUGGGAAGACCCCUGUCUAUGCUGAGGUAAAGCGGGUUGGAGACACCCUCCUCGGCAUGGCCACUCAGUGUGUCCAGGUGAAGAACGUGGUGAAGACGUCCCCCCAGACCCUUUCCAACCUCUGCCUCAAGAUCAAUGUCAAACUGGGGGGCAUCAACAACAUCCUGGUCCCACACCAACGUCCCUCAGUGUUCCAGCAGCCUGUUAUCUUCCUGGGGGCCGACGUCACUCACCCUCCAGCCGGAGACGGAAAGAAGCCAUCCAUCGCAGCGGUGGUGGGCAGUAUGGACGCCCACCCCAGCAGGUACUGUGCCACAGUGAGGGUCCAGAGACCCAGACAGGAGGUGAUCCAGGACCUGGCCUCCAUGGUGCGGGAGCUCCUCAUCCAGUUCUACAAGUCUACCCGCUACAAACCCACCAGAAUCAUAUUUUACAGGGAUGGUGUGUCAGAGGGACAGUUCAGACAGGUGCUGUACUAUGAGCUGCUGGCGAUCAGGGAAGCCUGUAUCAUGUUGGAGAAGGAGUACCAGCCGGGCAUCACCUACAUCGUGGUGCAGAAACGCCACCACACACGCCUCUUCUGUGCAGACCGCAAUGAGCGGGUUGGACGGAGUGGUAACAUUCCUGCAGGCACCACUGUGGACACAGAUAUCACUCACCCCUAUGAGUUUGACUUUUACCUCUGCAGCCACGCAGGAAUACAGGGUACGAGCCGACCAUCCCAUUACCACGUCCUGUGGGACGACAACUGCUUCACGGCUGACGAGUUUCAGCUGCUCACCUACCAGCUGUGCCACACCUACGUCCGCUGCACCCGCUCUGUCUCCAUCCCCGCGCCAGCCUACUACGCCCACCUGGUGGCCUUCCGUGCCCGCUACCACCUGGUGGACAAAGAACAUGACAGUGCGGAGGGCAGCCAUGUCUCGGGGCAGAGUAACGGCCGAGACCCCACGGCCCUCGCCAAGGCUGUUCAGAUUCAUCACGACACACUGAGGACUAUGUAUUUCGCCUGAGAGGUAGAAUACCCCUCCCAACACCCCACCCUAUCAGCCUCUGUGUCCUAGUGGGGGUCAGCCAUCGCAUAUCGGACUUUGGGCUGGCGCAGCUCUGGUCCCGAUGAGGGGAUGCCAAGCCGCGAAGGAUAACAACAACCAGAGGGGAGUACAGCAACGUUAUGCAAUAUGAAACCAGCCAAUCCUCUCCCAGCCUGUUCUCCUUUGCUGUGUUUUUAACGAAUGGAUCGUCUCUGAUACUGCUCCUUGAGCUGUGCUCAACUUUUGCUUUGUCUUACUUUCAAAAUGCCAGAGUGUAGAAGACAAGACAGGGGAAUUGAUAAGGAUGGUUUCGGGUUGGGUGGGGACAUAGCAGGUCCAGUGAGGAUCAUUCUUGUUCCUCAACCCAGUGCUGAUAUGAUGACUUGCCUAUCCAUGUUCAAACGUAUAAAUUGUCCUCUUUUAAAUGUCUUCGUUAGCUUGUUGUCGUUUAUAUGUGCGUCUUUGUAUGUUCUGUAGAAGUCUGAUUGCCAUGGCGAUGCCUGUUAGUCGAGAACGCUUGUGAAUCACAGCUAUGCCCUUUUUCAUAGGGCAAGCUGCUCGCCCAGUUACUCUGCUCUCUUUAAGCCAAUGGGGAUUUACUUGCAGUCAUUGCGCCUGUCAGAGUUGAACACGGCAAUCUCUUAUCUCUAUCAAAAGGCAUUUACAAAAAAAAAAAUGUUUUACAGCUAUUGUUUGUCGUACUUUUAGAAUAUCAACCCUGGCAACGCCAUGGACCUACUCAGAACCUUUACAGAUUUCACUGUGGUAGCUACAGAUUUCACUGUGGUAGCUACAGAUUUCACUCUCUUUGUUUUUAUUAUUAUUUAUGAUUUGAUUUGAGAUUAAUCUUAUUUAUCAUUCAUUUUCAGCAAUAGGGCACUGUUCGUUUUGUCAAAUUUGAACUAAGGAACUGAUGUCACACCUUUUAGUGCAAUAAGUCGUUAAUGCAUAAAAAGGGUUCUAUGGUUAACAUACCGAUUUGUAUAUUUUUGGGCCAUUAUGACCGGAUAUGGGCAGGUGAUAACGGAUAAAGAAUGUAAACUGGGGCAAGGAUUGAUGCCACAAAAUGGUUAUGUGGGGGUGACAUGACACAAUACGUGUUUUUUAGUAAAUGGAGUGAAUUAUGUGCCCGUUUUUAGGUGGAAAGAAGAAUUUGAAAGACCAAGGAUGGAUCUAUUUUAGUUGGAGCUCCUCUGAGAUCAGUUAAUUAGUUUAGUUAUACAGUCAAAUAAUCUCAUCCAGGCAUUACUGUCAGCAUGAUAUGCUGUCUAGGAAUGUCUGGGGUUUGAGAGCACUGCGUGUAUGGCUGCAUGGAUUCAGUUUCAUGAUUUCAUUUUUAAUGUGAAUUAUUUUUUCAUAUGUAGACUGAUCAAUUGAAGGUGGGGACAGUUAGCUAACAGAUCUGUAUCGUUCAUUUUAACCCUCUAGUGGAGGACUCAUUUUGCACUGUUCAAAGUAAGCCUUCAAAUUUCUGAGUUUUAUCAAGCCGUUUUGUCACAUUUUGAAGGGCUUUGCCUUGCUGUGCAGUAUCCUCCAGGUGAGGCCUUUGGUUUGGUCAAGCUGGAACGAGACGAAACUCAAUGUGCCUCGUGGGAUUGUGAGGGGGAGGACUGGGGUCAUCUGCAUGGGGCUUGAAGCAUGGGUGGUAUGAGCCUUGUCUGACUGGGACACAGGUGAUCCCUGCUCUCACGGCAAAAGAGGCAGUGUUGUAGCAUGGCCAGCACUCUGCCACACUCAUUGUCCUAUAGCUACGUGUUACCAGAAACCAAACUAGCUGCUAUACCACAUGUUAUUUUGUUCAUAUAUAUUCCUACAAAGAGAGACUAUAAAAAUGUAUGACAAUUUACUGCACUUAAAGAUGCAUGUGUUUCAGGUGAGACACAUACCCUGGUGCUGAGCGGUGCAGUAUGGGGGGGGGGGGGGGUAGUAGAACCCCCUCUGUUGUAUUCAGACAUUAUGAGCUUUGUGUUUUAAAGGAUCAGGUGUAACAGUAGAGAGGACUUUCCACUUAUAAUACAGGGGACAUUCUUUCAUUCCCAGAGGGUGUGGUCUUUUAGUCAUCAGUACCCCGGGGGCCAAACUGUAUGUGUGAAUUAAGUCCCAGAAAAAUGUCAGACAUUACCAGCAUCUGAUUUUACUUAAAGAACAGUGUCGGUAUGAUCUCAUCAACUGUUACUGUGUGCUAAUGUGUAGCUGCUCUGCUUGUGUGAUAAAAUAUUUUAAAAAAUGUCUGUACGGCAGUUAAACGGGAAGGAAUUAUCUCUCUACGAUGCCACGGAAUUGACCUCUAGAGCCCAGUGGGCGGGGUUUUGCAUCUAGGUGGGGGGCGUUGUGAACUUAUGCUGCCGUUCGUGGGAGGUGGGAAUUUACCAGUUGUGAAGUCAGAAAUACUAGUGGGAUGCAUUCACGUGCUUUGAACUCAUUGAGAAAUGCCGAUUGGCUAAUGGCUAACAAGCUGCGUAAACCAUAAAUUAAAAGUACAGCUCUCAUGCUUGCAAACAAAUUAAAGGGUUCAAAAACCAUAUUAAUAGAUUGCUAUUUAGAAAUGUUUUGUUGCAUUUAACUUCUGAAAAUGCUGUUAUCGAGGUUAUUUCCUUAGUAGGUGACAGAGGUCAUCAUGUGGGAGCACAGGAUGAUGGACAAAUUUACCACUAGUAAUUAGCAGUUGGAGGGCCAUUCAAGUCGAUUUUCCCAGUUGUAUGUGGUGAAUUCCCACUUGGUUAACGAAUGCAGCAUUAUUCUGAGGCUGGGGGAUAAUACAGGGGAGACGUGUGGCAGCCUACAGUGCAUUCGGAAAGUAUUCAGACCCUUUUUCUACAUUUUGUUACGUUACAGCCUUAUUCUAAAAUAGAUUUUCUCCUCAUGAAUCUACAAACACUACCCAAUAAUGACAAAGCAAAAACAGGUUGUUGCACAAAAAUUAUACUUUAUUUACAUACGUAUUCAAACCCUUAGCUAUGAGACUUGAAAUUGAGCUGUGGUAAAUUCAAUUGAUUGGACAUGAUUUGGAAAGGCACAGAUCUGUCUAUAUAAGGUCCCACAGUUGACAGUGCAUGUCAGAGCAAAAUCUAAGUGAUGAAAGUUGAAGGAAAUGUCUGAGCUCCAUGACAGGAUUGUGUUGAUGCACAGAUCUGGGGGAAGAUCCCAAAAAAUGUCUGCAGCAUUGAAGAUCUGCAAGAGCAUAGUGGCCUCCGUCAUUCUUAAAUAGGAGAAGUUUGGAACCACCAAGACUCUUCCUAGAUCUGGCCACCUGUCCAAACUGAGCAAUUGGGGGAGAAGGGCCCUGGUCAGGGAGGUAACCAAGAACCCGGUGGUCACUCUGACAGAGUUCCUCUGUGGAGAUGGGAGAACCUUCCAGAAGGACAACCAUCUCUGCAGCACUCCACCAAUCAGGCCUUUUAGGGUAGAGUGGACAGACGGAUGUAUUCCUCAGUUGAAGUAUUCCUCAGUUGAAGGCACAUGACAGCCCGCUUGGAGUUUGCCAAAAGGCAACUGAAGAUUCUCAGACCAUGAGAAACAAGAUUCUCAGGUCUGAUGAAACCCAGAUUGAACUCCUUGGCCUGAAUGCCAAGCGUCACGUCUGCAGGAAACCUGGCACCAUCUUUACGGUGAAGCAUGCUGGUGGCAGCAUCAUGCUGUGGUAAUGUUUUUCAGCGGUAUGAACUGGGAGACUAGUCAGGAUCGAAGAAAAUAUUAACAGAGAAAAGUACAAAGAGAUCCUUGAUGAAAACUUGCUCCAGAGCGCUCAGGACCUGGGGCGAAGGUUCACCUUCCAACAGGACAACGACCCUAAGCACACAGCCAAGACAACGCAGGAGUGGCUUCAGGACAAGUCUCUGAAUGCCCUUGAGUGACCCAGCCAGAGCCCGGAUUUGAACCAGAUGAAACAUCUCUGGAUAGACCUGAAAAUAGAUGUGUAGCAACGCUCCGCAACCAACCUGACAGAGAUAGAGAGGAUAUGCAAAGAACAGCAGGAGAAACUCCCCAAAUACAGGUGUGCCAAGAUUGUAGCGUCAUACCCAAGAAGAUUUGAUGCUGUAAUUUCUGCCAAAGGCGCUUCAACAAAGUACUGAGUAAAGAGUCAGAAUACUUAUGUAAAUGUGAUAUUUCAGUUCUUUUUUUCUUUUUUUAAUAAAAAUAUGUUUUUGCUUUGUCAUUAUGGGGUAUUGUGUUUAGAUUAAGGGGGGGAUUUAAAAAAAAAUCAAUUUUAGAAUAAGGCUGUAACGUAACAAAAUGUGGGAAAAAAUCGGAAUACCUUCCAAAUGUACUGUAUUUCCUAUAUAAUGGCAGCCCAAUGCCUAUGUAAUGCACUGCUCUUGACCAGGGCUCUGGGAAAAUGUAGUGCACUAUGUAGGGAAUGGGGUGGCCCAUAGCGCACUAUGCACUACCUAUGUAGGUAAUCAGUGGCAUUUGGGACUCAACCAGGCUCCUCCAUGUGAUGCCCUCCCCUCUAAACGCUGGACAUCAGAUGCCUUCUUUCGUGUUGUUCUAAACCAUUUAAAAUUCUGAAAUUGAGAUAUAUUUGUAUAUUAUAAUGAACACUUAUUUUUGCUAACAAAUUCUAUAAAAAUAGAACAAUAAUAAUAAAAUAUAGAAGACAAUGGUAAUAUGGUCACUAAUAAUAAUCCAAAUGCAAUAGACUGAUGUGGUGUUUAUUUGUUCCAUGUCAAAGCAAAGCGUGUCGUACUGAAGCUACAUCUGUGUAGCAUUUAAAUUACCUACUGUGAGGGGGAUUGCUGAUUUUCUUUGGGGGGUCAGGUGUUGUUCUGUAGUGACUGAUUGGAUGAACCUCCCCCUAUUUCCCAUCACCCUCCUCUCUGUUCAUUGAACUAAUCAUCUCUGGAGAGUAGCCUAGCUUCCAUUCAGUAGAUUCCAUUCAUCUCACAGAGCCUGGUUUACUAGAACAGGUAGUGAAUGUGACCUCCAUUUUUGAGUGUUGAUUUCAUCUGAGACAUUUUGUCUAAUUUUGUGUGUGUGUGCAUCUCUCAAAGUUUUUUGUGGGAAAGGGUUGAAGGUUCAUCCUUGGACAAAACUCCAUAGACCCGUGCCUUUUUCUGAUGGUGCUGAAAACAAGUAAAUCAAAGAAGAUAUCUUACUUUCAAAACAUUGAGGGCAAUAUGCCCCUCUCUACAUUGAUACGUAUAUAUUGAUACAUUACAAUACUGUCCAACAUGUGCAUGUAUGUGUGCGCCUGGGUGUCUGUUUGUGUGUACCACUGACAUACUGUAUGCCAAGAACACAACAAUAUGCAGAACCAAUCAGUUUUGAGGUGUCGGGACCAAAAAAGCUUGUGGGGAUGAUAAGGUGGGCAGGCACUCACAAUGCACAACCAAAAAUGUUGCUUUUAAUAACUAGACACUACAGUGGAUAUUUUAGACUGCCUCCCUAGUGGCAAACUGUUUACUGUAAUGCAUGGGGUUUUCAGCCCUGGUUCCCUUUAAUCAUUUAGUAGAUGUUCAGGGAUGGUAUGUUCUAAAGUGAAUAGCAAUAAACAAUGUGAUCUUUAGGCUCUGAGCAACUGGCUGUUGGGUUUACACGAGGAUUGCUUCCCAAAUGCCACCCUAUUCUCUUUAUAGUGCUCUAAUGUUGGCUCUGGUCAAAGUAGUGCACUAUAUAGGAAAUAGGGUGCCAUUUUGGGAAGCAGCCCUGGUGUAACCCAACCAUUAUUCUAGGCUAGACAGAAAUACAUGUUAUAUUUGUUUAGAACCACUGCUGUGGCGUUCUGCAUUUCUUCUGAAGGUCUUUAUUAAAGAGCUUUGACGUGUUACAGCUAGAUGUUUAUAGACCGAGAACAACAUGCAGUGGUCCAGUUGUGCCACAUGAGUGCCCGCUUGCCUAAGAAAGGAUUCCUCUGUAAAUCUCCAAACCCUGCAUCUCUAUUGUGGUUGGCUGCAUAUCGUACUUAAUAAGAUACAACUGACAAAUUGCUUCGGUAACAGUAUGCUCUACAUUCUUUGCCUGAUUAUGAAAUUAUUGUGACACCUUUAGAAGUAUAAUUAUAUGUAAAAUACAUUUUUUUUGCCUGAUCCUGGUCCUAAGUUGAGCCUUUUUAUUUGGUUGUCAUAUUUAAUUGUUUUAAUUAAAAUACUGUAUGUAUGAAA